AUGAAUGAUGAUAAUAAUCAAAAUGAAUUAGCUAUUAAACGUUUUGUUGAAUAUAUACAAAAUAAAAACAAAGAACUUGAUUUAGAAUAUCGUCUAAUUAAAAUUGAUGAAGAUCGACAAGCAGCUGUAUUAACUUGGUUAUCAUCAUCAUCAACUGAUAAAUCAUUAUUACUCAAUUCACAUAUUGAUGUUGUACCAGUUUUUGAAGAAAAUUGGAUAGUUCCACCAUUUUCAGGUGAAAUUCGUGAUGGAAAAAUAUAUGGACGAGGUACACAAGAUAUGAAAUGUGUUGGAAUUCAAUAUUUGGAAGCUAUUCGACGUUUAAAAAUACAUAGCAUCUUGUAUAUGUAUGCAUGUGUAUGA